AUGGGGGUUUAUACGCAGCAGCAAAACAGGGGGGUUAUAAGUAGUCUCGUCCUUGAUAUAGGACUGACUACGUAUUCCACGUCGGCACUAUCCUCUCCCCACAACCUCCACAUCGGCUCCGCAGAACGCAUGUUCCCAGACAUGCAAGGCAUGGCCGCAUUUGCUUGGAAUUACUUGCUCGCCAGCGAUUCCAUCGACUCAUUCCCCAGCUCUGCUUCUCGAAAAAGUGGUAAUUGGACCUUGUCCUUCGCAACCGCAACUGUGUACGAAUUCAGAGAGGGCGAGAACAUGCCCCCUGUCUUCAUGGAUAAUAGUGGACACGAUUAA